CGAUGUGUGCUCGUUUCGUCACCGCUCCAGUCAACGACACUCUGACGUGUUCUGUUCGAAAGUGUUCUCUCCGUCUCAUCGAGAAACUUCAUCUCGCUUCGGGAGAGCCGACUGACAUAUAUUCCAGCAGAGAACUAGAUACUCCUAGAUGAUCCGAAUCAUCCAAAACUAUCAUCAUGCUGCGCGUUCGAAUUCUCCGACCCGUACGGCAUUUGGCCCAUUGCGUUCUGAUGGCUAUCGUGAUCUACAUGUUCGUAGAGUCGUCGGGAGCGUUGACGCCCGCCUCAGAUAUGCCAUCGGUCGACCCGUUCGCCGAAUACGGGGUUGUUCUCACAAUCCUCCUCUACUUAUUCAGACUUUUACCUUUGCUCGCCCUUCCUCAAAGUUUGACAAACUUCUUCGGUUUAACAUUGUAUAACGCUUUCCCGCCCAAAGUCAAAUUGAAGGUUGAUCCAUUGGAGGCGCCUUUCCUCUGCAUAAGAGUGGUGACCCGGGGCGGGUAUCCAGACCUAGUGAAAGCCAAUGUACAGAGGAAUCUUCAAACGUGUUUAGAUCUGGGAAUGGUGAAUUUUGUGAUCGAAGUCGCAACCGAUAAAGAAGUGUAUUCAACGGAAGACUUAUCGACGGCUCAUCCCACUGAAACCAUGGGCCUAAAUCAGGCUGGACCUGACCAGGUUGCCGUGGACAUCAAAGGGCCUCCUGUCCGGCGUUUGCACCCAAAGAUCAAACAAACUGUUAUACCUAAUGACUACCAAACGUCGAGCGGAGCGAUGUUCAAAGCCCGCGCUCUCCAGUACUGCCUCGAAGACGAUGUCAACGUGCUGGACGACGACGACUUCGUUCUUCAUCUAGACGAGGAAACCAUCGUCACUCGAGACGCCAUGAAAGGAGUCCUUAAUUUCAUAAGCCAGAGGCGGCACCCCUUCGGGCAAGGCAUGAUAACGUAUGCCAACGAGCGAAUCGUCAACUGGGUCACAACACUCGCUGACACCUAUCGCGUGGCCGACGACCUUGGCAAGCUCCGGUUCCAAUUCAAGUUUUUCCAUAAACCCCUAUUCUCCUGGAAAGGAUCGUACGUGUGCUGUCGGCUCGGUGCCGAGCGCGCGGUGAGCUUCGACAACGGACCCGACGGCUCCGUAGCCGAGGAUUGCUUUUUUUCCAUGGUGGCAUUCUCCAAAGGAUACUCGUUCGAAUUCAUCGAGGGUGCUCUAUGGGAGAAGAGUCCCUUCACCAUAAGCGACUUUCUCCAGCAGCGGAAGCGGUGGCUACAAGGAAUAUUCCUCGUGGUUCACUCACCCAGAAUCCCUGCGAAAUUCAAAGUGUGGCUAGCGUGCUCUUUGUACGCCUGGGCAACGAUGCCUCUCUCGACGUCUAAUCUGUUCCUGGCGCCGAGAUACCCGCUCCCCUGCCCUCAGACGUUCAAUAUCCUGUGUGCGAUGAUCGGUGCUCUCAAUCUGUACAUGUAUUUUUUCGGUGUACUCAAGUCGUUCUCGAUCAAACGGCAAGGACUCCUCAAGUUUCUUCUGUGUCUCGGUCUGGUCGUCGUGGCCAUACCGAUAAACAUUUUCGUUGAGAACAUCGCCGUCGUUUGGGGUCUCCUCGGAGACAAGCACAAAUUCUAUAUCGUCGACAAAAGCGUCAAGCUAUCCACCAAACCGUUGUUGCCGGUGUAACUCCGGUGGACCGAGGGUAUGAGACACGGGAAUGAUAAUUCCGCUCUGUAUAUAGUGUCGACGGGGAAGGUCCCCGAAGUUAACUCGGCUAUUGAGUUGAGUGAGCAUGCGAGUCAAUCGGUACUUUAGAAUGUGUCGAUGUAGAUCUUAAAUUAUUUCCGGAAGCGACAGUGUGAUUGAAGAUUGAAAAAGAUUGAAAAGCAAACCGUGUUGCCUUUCUCAUUAGAUUUAAAAUUAAAUGACGAAUUUGUCA